GAUCUCAAAUCGGCGGACAGCUGCCAGAGACAGGCAUCAAAAUUGAAUCCGUCGAUGGAUAAGGCUGGCGUCCGUCGCGGAAAUGCCGUGGCCAAAUGUGGAAUGGGCCAGGAGAUGGUAGCGAGAAGCCAAAUCCCCAACGCAGCGGCUAUGUAAUUAAAAUACCUUGCGAAGGCCAUGUGGGCGGUCCGUUUUGGUGGAACCGUGGCCGCCGGCACGCCUGGUUAUUUAUAUAAAUCCCGCAAAUUUGUGUCAAUUUAUGCAAAAUCGUAUGCAUCCACAUUUGCGCCAUAAAAAUAACGCACACAAUAUUUCGGAAUCGAUUUGUCAAUAAAAUUGGAGAGCACUGGCCAAGCACAUUUCAGUGGAUCUUGCCGAGUGGCCGAGUGCUCCGCCAAACGUAUGCGUAAUAUUUAAGUUGCAUCCGUCGCUGGGAAAACGCGUCCGAAUCGCUGGGAUAUCGCGAGCAAUACGAGUGUCCUAGUCGGUGGUUGACAGUGUUCCGUAUUUGAAGUCGCUUGAAAAACGCGUUCGAGCCGUCGCUAAAUCGAUUUUGAAAACGUACUUAAAUCGCCAACAAGAAGUGGUUUAAAUUCAGAGAAAAAAAACACCAGAAAAAUGAAUACACUGGAUAUUCUGAUCCUGAUCCUGAAAUAAUUUGGAUGUCUUCUACAAAAUUCGAAAAAAAUUUGUUACAAAAAAUAUUAUAUUGUUGUAAUACUUUUGAUGCCGCUUUAAAAUCUUAAGAUAUGAAUAUGUUAUUUUCUCUGAGUUAAUGUCACAAAUAUAGCGCAUUGGAAAUAUUUUAAUAUUUUCAAAUAAAGUUUUUUAACCUACAAAAGUAGUUCGUGAUUGAUUGAAAAAGUUGAUAGUGCAAGUACUCCUUCAACAUGUCAAUGGAUCCAUCGGUUUCCCUAGAGGAUCUGGAGAGACGUCGUCGUCGCGCCAGUUCCGCCCGCAAGCCAUCACAUACUCCCCAGCCUCCAUCUCACCUGGCGGAUUCGGAGGCCAUGGCCGUGAUCAAUGAGAUAUUCAAUCCCACGCUGAAGCUGCCGGAGUCCAGUGGCCACUACACGCUGCCCGAGGAGAUGAGGGCCGAUGAUCAUGUGGCGCCCCAUGAACUGGACAUUGCCAAGCUGGCGGAGCUGAAGGAAGUCUUCUCGCUCUUCGAUACGGACUGUGAUGGACUGAUCUCGAAGGACGAUCUACGGUUCACCUAUACGGCCCUGGGAAACGACCCCAACGAGCAGCUACUGGAACAGAUGAUGCAGGAGGCCAAGGAGCCGCUCGACUACGAAGCCUUCGUCCGGCUGAUGAGUCGUCGCACCCAGGAACUGGAUCCCGAGGAUGUGCUACUGGAGGCCUGGAGCAAAUGGGAUGACCAUGGAACGGGCAAAAUCGAUGAACGCAAAAUCUAUGAAGAGCUGACCAACUAUGGCGACAAAAUGACCCUCAACGAGGCCAAGGAGGCUCUAAGCCACGCCCCGAUGGCCAAGCCCAAGUCCUUGGAGGAGCCGCCCAUGAUUGAUUAUCCGGCCUUCUGUCGCAUGCUCAGCGGAAUGCGCAAGCGAAAAGGGGAAUAACAUACUAUUCAAAUCCAUCUUUCAGAAAUCCUUCAGAUUUAAUGUAUUUUUCCAGGCCACCAACUAAUAUCUCCUUGAUAUUUGAUUUUCUCAUAAGAUAUCAUUACCCUGUGUUAUUUAUUUUAUUUGUGGGACUUUAUUAUGUGUUAAUUAUGGUUUAAUAAGCCAUUAAAUAUUCGUUUAAUCGGGACAUAUUUUUGAAAUUUACUUAAAGUCCUGAAGCAGCUGUGCCGAUUUGACAAUCGUAUUAGCCUUAACGCCAACUUUUGUUCGACUUUUUAUCAAAAUAAAUCGUGAAGAACCAGCGAA